GAGGACGCGAACCGCCCGCGGAGCUGCGGCGUGCGCCGGGCUCCGGCUCGGGGAUGGACAAGGUCUUUUCUAUGGACAUUGAACACCCAGCUACCUAUGCCUAUUGCCUGUGAUGGAAGAGCUUGAUGUUAAUGUGAGUUCAAGUGAGGGCUUCGGCGUAGCAGAGAAGAUCGUGCUGCUCACCUUCAUCUCUGCGGUUAUCCUGAUGGCCAUCCUGGGGAACCUGUUGGUGAUGGUGGCUGUGUGCCGGGACAGGCAGCUCAGGAAAAUCAAGACCAAUUAUUUCAUCGUUUCUCUUGCCUUUGUGGACCUGCUGGUAUCAGUACUGGUGAUGCCAUUUGGAGCCAUUGAGUUGGUCCAGGACAGCUGGAUUUAUGGGGAGAUGUUCUGCCUUGUCCGAACAUCCCUUGAUGUCUUGCUCACCACAGCAUCGAUCCUGCAUCUAUGCUGCAUAUCACUGGACAGGUACUAUGCUAUCUGUUGCCAGCCACUGGUGUACAGGAACAAGAUGACUCCGCUGCGUAUUGCUGUAAUGCUUGGAGGCUGCUGGGUAAUCCCGACGUUUAUUUCUUUCCUCCCUAUCAUGCAAGGCUGGAAUAGCAUUGGCAUCAUUGAUUUGAUUCAGCAAAGGCAGUUCAACAAGGCUUCCAACUCUACGUACUGCAUAUUCAUGGUCAACAAGCCAUACGCCAUUACCUGCUCUGUGGUGGCCUUCUACUUUCCCUUCCUGCUGAUGGUGCUGGCCUACUAUCGCAUCUACGUCACUGCCCGGGAGCACGCCCGGCAGAUCCGGGUGCUGCAGCGUGCAGGGACCCCUGCUGACAGCCGGCACCAGCCUGACCAGCACAGCACGCAUCGCAUGAAGACCGAGACCAAAGCUGCCAAGACCCUGUGCAUUAUCAUGGGGUGCUUCUGCCUGUGCUGGGCCCCCUUCUUUGUCACAAACAUAGUAGACCCUUUCAUAAACUAUACGGUGCCGGGGAAGUUGUGGACAGCUUUCCUGUGGCUGGGCUACAUCAAUUCAGGGUUGAACCCCUUCCUCUAUGCCUUCCUGAACAAGUCUUUCAGACGUGCCUUCCUCAUCAUCCUGUGCUGUGGUGAUGAGCGAUACCGAAGGCCUUCCAUCCUGGGGCAGACAGUCCCCUGUUCCACCACCACAAUAAAUGGAUCAACUCAUGUGCUAAGGUACGCUGUUUUACAUAAUGGGCAUCAUCAGGAACAUCAGAAGCUUCCCAUCCACAAUGACCCAGAAUCCCAGGAGUCCUGUUUCUAGCCACAAUCCCAGAAGAGGAACAGCCCAGCUGGAGGUUCCUUUUAGGAUACCCAAAGGAUUCCCAGACAGUAGAUGAAUGAACACCCAUUCAUCUGCAUUGUCAGGAGCUGCCUGCACUGACCCUGUAUGAAGGCCCAGCCACACGCUGUGUGGAUCCAUGGAGCCAAGGAAGGUCCCUGAGUGCUGUAUGGUGUGGCCAUAUGACUGCAUCAGAGCCUGCCCUGGGUGAGAGCAGGUUUCUGCCAAGCAACACCACAGAUGCAAUCUGCCUAGAACAGGGACUCCUGUUACUCCUUUCCAGAUGCCAACUCUGUAUAAGCCACCACUCUGUCCCGUGCUAUCCUGAUCCUAAAGAGUUCUGAAGCCCUGGCAUCAUGUGUGACCAAUUGCUUUAUCACACCGGUGGCUGAACGCUGCCAGGAGAGAAACAGCUUUGUUUUCUUUAGCCAAACAGAAGAAGUGUUUGCCUUUUGACUGUUGUUAUGGGGAAAG